AUGUUCUACGAGACAAGCCAUAGGGCUACAAAAGCUUGCGUCGAGUUUAGCAGCUGGAAAGAGGAAGAAUUUCUGCAUCGGAUAUAUUUUGAAGUGUUUGCUUAUCUUCAUUCUGGCGUGUUUUUUGAAUUGAUUCACAUUUCUCUAUGCAAACAUCUCAGCACUGAUUUGGCAAAAACAAAAAACUUCCACUAUCUUGUAGAGAUAGGAGAAUCCCGGAUUAUUGCAGUGGAUCGAACGUACUUUGCGAUGCUUAUGAAAUGUGAUGUAGUUUUCAGUGUCAUAGGCUACUUUUCCGAAAAAUGGACUCCGGGUAAGCCAGCUAGGAAGGGUAUAGAAAGUCACCUUGACAUAGAGUACAAAAAACGCUUAAAUCAUCACCGUUAUGCGGCUGAAAACUCAAAAGUUUCAACAUUCUUCUCUCCCAUGAGUCUGAUUGUUGACUAUGGCGUCGAAAGCGAAGAGAGUGUUGAAUGUGGGAAUCAUCAUAAUAAAUUGUUGUGCAGUGGGACAGGAAUGCGUCUUUCGGCUGUCCAGGACAAGACGCCUUACACAAUCAUGUUUGGUCCGGAUAAGUGCGGAGCUACUGGGAAAGUCCACCUCAUUUUCCGUUACAAAAAUCCCAAAAAUGGGUCUAUUGAUGAGUACCAUGCGAAGCAGUCUUCAAGCCUUGGUACAACCUAUUGGGAUGAUCAUCAAACACACCUCUAUACUCUAGUCCUGAAACCUGAUGGCGCAUUUUCGGUCUCAGUUGAUCAGAAGGGGAUAAUGUCUGGAAACAUGCUCACUGAUCUCACGCCAUCUCUCACUCCUCCGAAAGAAAUUGCUGAUCCAGAUGACAAAAAACCUUCCUCCUGGGAUGAUAGAGCUGAAAUCGAAGAUGAGUCUGCCGUGAAACCGGAUGAUUGGGAUGAAAGCCAGCCACGUGAAGUAGUGGACGAAAAGGCAGUGAAACCAUCUGAUUGGCUUGGAGAUGAGCCGGAACUAAUUCCUGAUCCAGAGGCGAAGAAACCUCAAGACUGGGACAAUGACAUGGAUGGCGAGUGGGAACCGCCAAUGAUCGAUAACCCGGCCUGCAAGGGUAUAAGCGGAUGCGGCCCAUGGAAGAAGCCAUUGAUCCCGAAUCCUCUUUAUAAGGGUAAAUGGGUUCGUCCCCGUAUCCCUAAUCCUGCUUUUAAAGGAGUCUGGGCUCCUCGACAGAUAGCAAAUCCUAACUAUUUUGAGCCGAAACCUUACGACGGGCUUGCACCAAUUACUGUAAUUGGUAUCGAACUGUGGACCAUGAGCCAAAAUAUCAUUUUCGAUAACAUACUUGUUUGUGACUCGGAGAGUUUGGCUGCUGAGGUGGCUAAGCAAACGUACACGGUACGUCGCGCGGAAGACCAACGACUAGCAAGCAGUCUGGGCAAGGGUGCUGGUAUAGUGCAGGGUAUCAUAGAUGCUGCAAACGAAAAACCAUGGCUGUGGGUCGUGUAUGUGCUGUGCGUUCUGAUCCCCAUCAUUCUGAUCGGUGUAUGCUGCUUUGGCCGCAAAUCGAAUGCCGAUAUCGCUGCUGCUCAGAGAAAGAAGACUGAUGCUCCUGAGGCCGAUGAUGAAGUUCCAAAUCUUGUCGAUGAUGAGGAAGAUGAAAAAGAAGGAGAAGAGGAAACCGAAGAAGUGACUGAGACAGGAAAAGCUAGCCCCAAAAAAGUAACUCCCAAAGGAAGUCCUGCACAACCACCGAAGGCGCACCAGGCUAUGAAGGAUAUUGAGGUUGAUGAUGAGGGCAGCGUGAGUGAGCCCGAGAUUGUAGAUGCUGAACUAAGCGAGUCUGUAAAGAAAUCGCCCACCGCCGUUACGAAGAGGCGCGUUCGAAGGCAAGACUAAGCUUAUGAGUUGUUACGACAGGAUUACAGGGGUUAGGUGUCAAUACAAUUGCUCCUGUAACCAAUCUUAUCUGAACUAAAAUUUCCUCUGAUUUCUUCGAUGUUAUCGCCGCUGUUCAUCGGCCAAUUUUUUUUCAUAGGCUGAUUUGAGUUUAUACUGCGAAUCCUCAACAUUGUGUGCAUUGUACCAUGUUUUGCGUUUCGUCAUCCUUUAUUGGCGCAAAGUACCUAGCUUUCAUGGUUUCUUUUGUGUUAUCAUAGAACCUCUAGUGUUGUUCAAGUCCAAACCGGUUGCGAUGUAGGGCUUCUAAUUGUUCUCGAUUUUUUUUUUGUAAUUUUUCUUUGUUUCCAUUCAAUAAAAUGUUGACACUGAAA